AUGGUAUCCAAUCCCCAGAUAUACCUUGAUAUUUCUAUAGCAGGAGAAAAAAUAGGCAGAAUUGUAUGCGAAUUAUUUGCGGAAAAGGCACCUACAACAGUCAAAAACUUCAGGUCUCUAUGUCUGGAAGACCAUUGUAUUGAAGAGGACAAGGUUUUAACUUAUAGAGGAAACUACUUCCAUCGUAUAAUAAAGAAUUUUGUGGUGCAAUGCGGAGACAUUAUUCAUUGCUCCGGAGAAUUCGUUAAGUCGGAUGAUGCUGGCAAAGGUGGUUGCUCGAUCUUUGCAACUAGAGAGGAAAUUCAUAACGGGAAUAAUUCUGAAUUGCAAUGUUUUGGUAACUUUUUGGACGAAAAUCUCGGUGAUUUUAAUGCCUCCUUCUAUCUGGCUAUGGCCAACAUGGGAACCCCAGAUUCUAAUAGCUCACAAUUUUUCAUUACCACUGCUGUGUCUCCGCAUUUGAACGGUAAGCAUUCGAUAUUUGGCCGUGUCACCCACGGGAAAUCUGUGGUACGUUCUAUUGAGUACUCCAAAGUUGAUUCAGAUGGGUUUCCGCUAGAAUGCAUUAAAAUAGAUCAAUGUGGCGACUGGGAUAUUUUAAAGGGACUUCCGCUUUUUAAUGCAUCUAAUGAUAGUAUAGGCGGCGAUACGUAUGAAGAGUAUCCAGAUGACAAUGAAGAUUUAGAUUCUGAAGACUUUUCUGCUGCUUACGAAGCUGCCAAUAUCAUUAAAGAAUCUGGUACUUUGCUUUACAAGAAGAAGGACUACAAGAACGCGUAUUUCAAAUACAAUAAAUCGUUACGUUAUGUCAAUGAGUUCAUUCCCGAUAUUGAGGUAGAUGCAGAGAAUAAUCGUAAGUUUACGCAUUUGAAAAUCAAACUUUAUUUGAACAUGUCUUUAGUCUCGCUCAAAAUGAAGAGGUAUGAUGAAGCAAUCAAGUUUUCAUCAUUUCUACUAGAUAUGAAUGAAGUGCCUAAUAUAGAUCAAUGCAAAGCGCUCUACCGUAGAGGGGAGGCAUUUGUAGCCAAAAAACAUUAUGAAAACGCGUUACAAGACUAUAAAUCUUGUCAAGAGAUAAAUCCUGAUGAUAGGGCUGUCAUGGAUAAAAUUUUAUCUUUAGAGAAGACACUGGAAGAUAAAAAGGAAAAGACUAAGCGAAACAUCGCUAAGUUCUUUUCGAGUUCUUGA